AGUACGGGUGUACGUCUUGUUCCAGUUGAGUCGAGAAAGUACAGAGCAAAUGGAGGGACUUUGAAGUAUUCGGGCACUCAUUUCUCCGAGCAACAGACAACGCUUUUGCUUUCACUUCAGCGUGGACAGAGGAAAGCUUCUUCAAUAUGGCUGCUGCUGCUGCUGCUCCUGCUCCAUCCCCCAAAGGCAGCCUGAGAGAGGACCUGACAUGUGCCAUAUGCUGCGACCUGUUCACGGAGCCCGUCAUGUUGGGCUGCAUGCACCACUUCUGCAGACCCUGCAUCUCCAGGUACUGGAGAGGAACUCAGGGCCCCGUGACCUGCCCGCAGUGCCGCAAGGAGUUCAGCUCCAAGCAGUUUCAAACGAACUACCUUGUGACCGCCAUGGUGGAGAAGGUCCGGGCCACCACCUCGGACACUUACAUCAAGAACCUAGAGAAACAACUGAAAGAGACUUUGGAGAGUCAUCGCCUGAAGAGGGAGGACUUCAUCAACAGCAUUCGCAGAGACAAAGACAAUACGGAUACCAUAAAGAGAGUCGGAGCAGAUCUGCAGGCUCACGUCAAAGGGGAAUUCAGAGCUCUCCAUCAGAUCCUGCACGAUGAGGAGACCUGCGCACUGGAGCAGCUCAGCAGAGAGCAGGAGCAGGAGCUGGAGAAAGUCCAGCGCCACCUGGAGGCCACGGAGCUGGUGGUGCGGGAGCUGGAGGAUAAUAUGAGAGUGCUACAGCAGGCCAGCGCUGCCCCUGAGAACAUCAUGCUAGCUGAGCUCCCACAGCUGAGGCCAUGUGUGCAGGUGGAUAUUGCCCAAGAGUUUGAUACAAAUGCUUUCAGCAACAAAUACAUGGCCCCGUUACAGUACAUCACAUGGAGAAAGAUGUUCAAGUCUUUGAAUCCAGGUCCUUCCCCGUUAACGUUCGAUGUCGACACGGCACACCCGAACAUUCACGUCUCCAGGGACAAAACCGCGGCGGUGGAAUGUGACGUCACCAUCCCACAUAUGGACCACGACAAACGUUUCCUGCAGUGCGUCAACAUUUUGGCUGCCCAGGGCUUCCAGUCGGGCCGACACUACUGGGAGGUAGAGGUGGGAUCCAAAGCCAAGUGGGACCUGGGCGUGGCGUCGGAGGCCGUAGACAGGCACAGUCGGAUUAAGCUGAGCCCCGAAAGCGGCUACUGGACGCUGCGGCUGCGCAACGGGAGAGAGUACUCGGCCGGCACGCAGCCCUGGACGAGGCUGCGACUCGGCUCGUCCCCUCACAGGCUCGGGGUUUUCCUGGACUGUGAGGAGGGGAGAGUGUCCUUCUACAACGCCGACGACAUGAGUCUGCUCUACUCGUUCACCAACGGGCCACGGGGCAAGGCCUUCCCCUUCUUCAGUCCGUGCAUUAGUGGCAGCAGUCAGAAACCUCCGCCUAUCAAACUCCUCCACUACCCGCCUGUCGCUCUGUCUGGCUAACAGGAGUGCAACUUAAUGAAAAGCUUUUCAGAAUGCAAGACCUGUCUAUUCACUUAUUCACUUUUUAUCACAGUUCUGCCAUUGUGGUUCUGUAUCACAAGAGUUUGAAGAUUGUUCUCUUAUUGUCCAUGCUUUAAUGAUAGGAUAUAUAUGCAUCUAUUUUCUAUCUGAAAUGAACCCUAAAAGCUUUCGACAUGUUAUAAAAAUUACCAUAUUCAUAGAACUGCUGUAUUCAACCAUUUGGGGUUGAAUACAGUGAAGCUUAGAUGCAUCACGGUUUAAUUUUCUUCACUGUUCAUACAAAUAUCUGAGCUAGAUGAAGAUGGUUGACCUUCAAAUGAUACUCUGCAUAAUUGUCUCUCAGACUUUCCUGAGGCUUCGCUUGUGAAAAGGUCUUAUAAUCACCCCUGACUUCAAUCAUCAUGAAGCAAUGGUUCACGUCACUGUGAGAUAUUACAUUAGAUGAAAUGGUUCUUUGUGUUUUAUGCAAUAGUAUGAAAUUAAAGUUUUUUUUGCCUUUUUGUUUCAGAUGUUUUAUGAUUAAGUUGUAACACCCAGAUGUGACUUCACAACAUCUUAUGAGUUCUUUAGAUUCAAUCUUGCAGCUCCUGUUGAGUUGUCAUUAUGUGUUACGUGGGCAUGAAUUUGAACAUGGGGAUAUAAUGUACACUUUCUUCAUUGCUCAAGGAAUGACAUUAAAUGUUGUUCCCCGCAGGAUUCUGUCUAUGCUGUUUACAUUGUUGUGACUGCAUGUCAGCUACAUGUUCCGUCAUUUCCUGAUAAAGACCCAAACAAUAUCUGUAAAACCUGCUGAUGCAAGUAAUAAACCAAAUCACUUUUUCUUUAUUAAA